AUCACUGCACUUGUAGCGGAAGCCUCUAAACUUGUACAAACUUUCAGAACGAGUCGCGUGUUUAAUAAGAGGCCCUGAACAUACACGUAUGGCCGCGUAUAGAUGGUAGACAACAUACAGUUUUUGGUGCUUUAUUUGCAUGUUUGUUUGUUUGUUUUUUUUGACUGAAGGAAAUACGUACUUAGACGGGACGGCGGGACUAUAUAUCUUCGCGGAAGGAUACGGAGCCUGUGCUACAGCGUGCACGCGGAGAUAUCGUAAACGCAGGCACGUCUGUUUUGCUGAAGUCUGAAUAAUCUGCGUGAAACGUGUUUUUAGCUCAUCAUUCUGUCAACUAAAAUCCUUCCUGUUUUAUUUAUUUUUUUGUUGUUGACAUCUUUGGACCGUAAACAUUUAAAGGCACUUCCCCCCCCCCUCCUUUCAAUUCCGCGUGUAAAAGUGCGCGUUAGAGACAGAGAGACACAGAGAACGAAUUUAGAAGUUGACAAUGUCUAUUUUACCUUUUACUCCCCCCAUCGUGAAAAGACUUUUGGGGUGGAAAAAGGGAGAGCAAAACAGCCAGGAGGAGAAGUGGUGCGAGAAGGCGGUUAAAAGCCUGGUGAAGAAGCUGAAAAAGACCGGACAGCUGGACGAACUGGAGAAAGCCAUCACCACCCAGAACGCCAACACCAAGUGUAUCACCAUCCCGAGGUCUCUGGACGGGAGGUUACAAGUGUCUCAUAGGAAGGGUCUCCCUCAUGUGAUCUACUGCCGGCUGUGGCGUUGGCCAGACCUUCAGUCCCACCACGAGCUGAGAGCCAUGGAGCUGUGUGAGUUCGCUUUCCAUAUGAAGAAGGACGAGGUGUGUGUGAACCCCUACCACUAUCAGCGCGUAGAGACGCCAGUUCUUCCACCAGUUCUGGUCCCUCGCCACACUGAGAUUCCCAGUGAGUUUCCUCCUCUGGAUGACUACAGUCACUCCAUCCCGGAAAACACCAACUUCCCCGCCGGCAUUGAGCCACCGAGCAACUAUAUUGCAGAAACACCUCCUCCAGGCUACCUCAGUGAGGAUGGGGAGACCAGCGACUACUCCCUGAACCCUAGCAUGGACACAGGAUCUCCAAGCCUUUCACCAAAUUCUUUAUCUCCACCGCCGAGCAACUUAGACCUGCAACCUGUGACGUACUGUGAGCCAGCGUUCUGGUGCUCCAUAUCCUACUAUGAGCUGAAUCAGCGGGUGGGGGAAAUCUUCCACGCAUCCCAGCCUUCUCUCACAGUAGACGGCUUUACCGAUCCAUCCAACUCGGAGCGUUUCUGCCUGGGCCUGCUGUCCAAUAUUAACCGCAACGCUGCCGUGGAGCUGACACGCAGACACAUUGGCCGGGGAGUGCGUUUAUACUACAUAGGAGGUGAGGUGUUUGCUGAGUGUCUCAGUGACAGCGCUAUCUUUGUUCAGAGUCCCAACUGCAACCAGCGCUACGGCUGGCACCCAGCCACCGUCUGCAAGAUCCCACCAGGCUGUAACCUGAAGAUCUUCAAUAAUCAAGAGUUCGCUGCUCUUUUGGCCCAAUCAGUGAACCAAGGCUUCGAGGCUGUGUAUCAGCUGACCCGCAUGUGCACCAUCCGCAUGAGUUUUGUCAAGGGCUGGGGAGCCGAGUACAGGCGGCAGACGGUCACUAGCACCCCCUGCUGGAUAGAGCUGCACCUGAACGGACCCCUGCAGUGGCUGGACAAGGUUCUCACACAGAUGGGCUCUCCCUCGAUCCGCUGCUCCAGCGAGUCCUAGGAAAAUCCUCUUAUUAACACCACAGGAAGUAGCCAACCUAAAAAAAAACAAAAAAAAAAACCCCAUACAUAUUCCUGUAGGAACUGAGAUCUUUAAAGCCAUGAGUGAAUAGGAAACUAGAGCCUUACAAAAAACCCACCCACUUUCAGUAGCACUUUCAUGCACGUUCAGCGCAAAGAGGGAAGUGUGUAUUAAACCGAACAAUUUUUGUUCCCGCUUUGUCCAUGUUGUUUAUCGCCGAUGUCCUUUCUAGCUUCUCGGAUUUUGGUGAACUGAAUCAAUUUGGUUUGAUCAUGUGUACUGUAGAUUUCCCUUUGUUGUUGUCGUUGUUGUUGUUGUUUUUUUGUGUACAGUGAAAUAUUCAUGGAUUUUUAUACAUUUUAGUUAAAGUUGUAGUUGUCUAUAUUUUGGUUAAAUUUCUUUGAACAAAAUAAGAGAGGAAAACUCAUUAUGUAGUAUAUUAUAAGUGUUAUUGUGAGCUCUUUGAGAACUGUCAGAGGUGUCGUCUUGUCAGCUGCAUGCUUGCCAUUUGAUUUAAUCUAUUAUUUUGGAGAAGUAGAACUGAACACAUUCAUUCAUUUCGUUUCAAAACAUUAACCCUCCCCAUCUAUAGCCAUAAUUCCUCAGUGCCUUGAGUUGCAACGAACAUUAAUUGUAAAAGGAAUGCACUAGCAUUUUUUCAACCUAAUGUCUGCUCACCACAUCUGAAGCUUAGGUGUGGUUUCUCAAGACGAGAAUUUCAGCACGUCUCACUGAAGUGAGUAAAAAACCGAAACCUUGUUUACUCAAAACUCACCUUUGAUGCGGGUCCAACGGCAGGUGUUUUCAGUGUCAGUAAACGGUUGUGCGUUUCACAAUCUCCUCACUCGAAGGUAUUUAGCAUAUAAGGUAUAAGGCUCCAGACUUGUGUUACUUGUAUUGUUUGUCUCAUCCCACAUUCUUAAUGUGCAACAAGUUAUUAUACUGUAUUAUUGUUGCACAUUGUAAAGCAUUAUAAAGUAUUUAUUAAGGCUUUUUGCAUAAUAGUUGCAUAUUUCUAAACAAAAUAUAGCCUAGGGAAAUCCUUCUUGGCCCUGGCAAAUAGUCACAAAGAGGGAUAACAGCAUCUUCCUGCUUUUAACAUAAUUCGAUACCUCUACUUUAGGAAAUUAUAAUACUUUAAUCAGAGCAUAAAAUUUUCAAGUCAGUGUAACAAAACACAGUGAUAAAAAGUUUUGUUUAAGCAUCACUAGCUAUCUGUGAUAUCAGAUAUUGGCUGAAAAACGUAGAUUAUAUAUUUUGCUUGUGGUUGAGGUGCAUGUAAAAGAGAAGGAGAAUUAUAUAUACAUAGAAAAUGUCACAUUAAGGGUUUUCCCAGGGUUAUUAGACCCUUAUAAGUCGUCCUUUUUUCCUCAGUUCAGAAGAAUGUGUGGAAAUUCUUUGUGGUAAUCUCAUAUACGCUUGCACCUCCAGUUGAUACAAGUGCGGUUCUGAAAGUUUCCCUUAAACGUUAUUGGAGCGCCGUACAAUGAUUUAGGCUCGGCAUCGCCAUAAGCAUUUUACACCACCACAUAGUUUGCGGCAUUAAGCACACACAGCGAUGGAGGGCGGAGGGGGAAGGGUGUCACUGUAGAUUACUGACGGAUGAAAGGUUGUUAUUACUCCUGUGGUAGAGCCUCACAUCAGUGUUUUUAAUCUGUCUACAUGGAGUCGUGCCAAGUCUCGCACAGUGCAUGUGUGUGUUCUCUUAAGAUGUGCUUAUGGUAGCUGUUUAAUCUGUGUGCCAGCUGUCUCUGCUGUGUGUCUGUAUGUGUCUGGCCAGGCUCCUGGUGAGUUCAGAUAUCCUCGUCUGCAAGGAACAGUUGACACUCAGCCCUCCUUCCUGUGUGUGGAAGGUGUGUGUAAGCGAUAUCCGUGCUUAAGCUCUGGCAUUGUACGAGUGGGUUCUAUAUUUGCAGCAGGAAUUCGGAGCAGGUCCCAGGGUGUUUUGUAGACAACAAAUAAAACGGUCAUUACAUUGACUAGGUUGAAAAGCAUCUCGGAUAUCAAUUGACAGCUUGUCGUAGAGGCUCACCUUGCUUCUCGUUCAACAUAGAUCGAAUCUGAUUUCAUUUCGUUUGUCACUUAUACAGAAAGAAAAGUCAUCCUCAGUCAUGAGAUAUAGGUUCUCGUUGUUUUGUACAUUCAUGAUAGAGUUGAUUCAUCUCCAAGUAUAUAAUUAUUUAUAGUCCUACAAGGUGCUGUUAUGCAGUAUAUCAUACCAUAAGCUUAAUUCUAAUAUACACGUGUUAGUGUUUUAACAGUAGUUGUGUCAGUAUCUAUUCUACCACACCGGUAGUUAACGUAAACGUAUGGAACAUUAGGAACUACAACUACAGCAGCAUUAACAGGACAAGCUCUAAACUAGACUGCGCUGACCUCUGUAGUGUCCAUUGGUACAUUGAUGUGACAAAGCAAUGCAUACGCAUUUUUCUUCAUAGACAUCAGUUUUCGAGGUGCAUUUGAACCCCAAAAAAAUACAAAGCAUUUGCUUUUGGACAUUUGGGACAACUGUACCUCCGUUCUAGUUUCUGGUUUAAAUAAUAAUAUUUGGAAUUUUUUGGAAUAUUUAAAUUAGGUUUCUGCGGUGCUUGUGGUGUUUUUUUUGUUUUUUUUUGCAUUUGAUAUGAAGCAAACUGAAUGAAAGUGUAUCUAUGGGUAUAUGUGUGUAUAUAUUCAGGUACAUUUAUUUAUAUAAUUUCAACCCAAGUGUGUGGCUUUGUUAAAGAUCUGCCACAAAAGCAGCAGUUAUGUACAAGCAUGCACGUAUAGAUCGUCCCGAAACAGUCCGCUCCGUUCAGAGUGUGCCUUCGCAUGGAUUUUUUCUACUCUUGGUACUAAUCAGCUCAUGGUUCCUCAGUAGUUUGUAAGUAUUCAGUAGCUUUGUAGAUUGAAGCAUGCUUGUUUUCAGAGUUCUAGCCAAGUACUAUUUUGCUAAGGGUGGGGAGAGUUUUAAAAAAAGAAUUGCUGACAGAUUUAUUUUUGGACAGUCAUGUAUUUUUAUACUGCAGACAGAAAUGGGGAGAGGGCUUUUAAAAGGGAAACAUUUGUGAGGAUGUGUUGGGUUUUUUUUUGUUUUUCUUUUUAAGCAAAGGCUGUACGAAAUCUAGCCGAAUUUCGAGGGACUAUGAAAUCUAAGCUAGGACUGUGCAUGAACGAUCUCUUAUGUAAAGACUGUUUCAACGCAUGGUGAUGAUGAUGGGCAGAGGGAGUGUGUUACUAGUCACCUGAAAAAUGAAAGGUUGCUAUUACUCCUGUAGUACACCUCCGCAUGAAUGCGUUAAUUUGUCACGUGGAGCCAUGCCAAGUGUCACUCACGUACUGUCAGAUAUUCAGUAAUUAAAAUUUUAUCAUAUUUCAUUACUGCAUUAAUUGCAGGAUUUUUUUUAAAAUUUUAUUUCAGAACAGUCAACAUUGUUAAAAUGACAGAUAUAGAAAUCAAGCUCUGAACUUCAUUCCAUGCUUAAGGCAUUUAUGCUAUAAUGAAUAAUAGUAUGCGUUGUUAUGAUGAUGAUGAUGAUGAUGAUGAUUUGUGAUUAUUUACAGCAGUUCGAUCCUGCUAUUGGUAUUUAUGGAGUAUGGAUUAACCAUCCUUUUUACCAGACUUCAGUAAAAAAGAUUUUUAUCCUUGAGAAAAGAAUACCCAUUUUUAUUUGAAGUUCAUCAGCAAAUUGUUGAGUUAACUUUGAGUAGUAUGCAUUAUUGUGCUUGUCAUAUGUUGAUUUCGUGACAUUGUGCUUAGCUGUGCUUAUGCUUUAAAUGUCUUUUUCUUUUUCUAUGAAGAUAAAUAUAUAUAUACUUUAUCAUUUCUCCCUGCAUUUAAAGUGUCGGAUAUAAAUGUCGUUGUAUUUGUUUUCAAUGUACUUUUAAUAAAAAGAUAUAUAUCAAA